AUGAGUGAAAAUUAUAAGCGUGUUGAGAAACACAUAAAGGAUACAAAGUAUAAUUAUCUUGAGGGGUGGGAAGGAAUUGAGUAUGAUUCAGAGGUUCAGGAAGAAAUGUUGGAUUAUAUAUUAAUGUAUAUAAUACAAAAACAAAUACAUGAAAAUAUUCCUUAUUUACCCCAAGAUAUAUGGGUUGAAAAGAGUAAACCCAUAAUAAAUGAUCAUGCAUUUUUUUAUGCUAUCGAUGUAAUUGAUGAUUUGAGUAUUUUGUAUGAAUUUGAAAUUCUAAUGGAUGCGGAAGAUUCCUAUCUAGUUGAAAAAGUGAAAUAUAUGCAGGCAGAAAAGUUAAAUACAAUGUAUGAAUUGUAUGUUGAUUAUAUAAGAAAUGGCGCGGCAGGAAAUGAAAGAAUUUAUAAAUUUACAGAGGAAAUGUUAAAAGAUCAAUGGGUAAAUGAAUGA